CAGAUAGAGGACAGAGUGGGUGGAAGGUCGCCAGCUCAGCGGCUGAUAGCCUGAGGGUAAGAGGCCAAGCCGGCUGCCGCCCACUGUGCACGGUGUUUGCGGCGAGCAACGGAGCGGGUCCCAUGUCGUUGUUCAGCAGUGUGCAGAUGUGGUGAAGAUAUUUUGAAGGAAAAGUUCUUUACUUGGGUCGACAUCCUUGUGCCUGCAUAAUGUUCUGCAGAAGCGCUAGUUUCGUCAUCUGCGUUUACUUAGCAGUAGGCACAGCUACUGAAUACAGCGCCGCUGAUCCCGUUACAGGAUCUGAUGGUGAUGUCACUGUCUACCGUUUAAGAACUGACAGCCCGGGGGAAACGCUGCAAGAUGAUCAUGCGGCAAGAAUGGCAGCAAAUAUUGGAGAAUUAAUAAUGGCACAUGACCAUGAGCGACAAUUUCUUCAGACUACAGAGCAGUACAAUUUUGAGAGAAAAGCUGUUGCGGUACCUUACUAUGCUUACCAAGCAAUGCCUCACGAUGAUCGCUGUAUGGAAAAUAAUGGUAACUGCUCACAGAAAUGUGAAACUGUGGAACAUGAAACAGUUUGCUCUUGUUAUGAAGGAUACACUCUCACAAGCCCAACUGCCUGCACUGAGAUUUCAGGAUGUGACUUUGUUUUGUCAGGAACUUCAGGAGAGUUUACUAUCCAUAGAGGUUAUUGUCAGUGGCUGAUAAAAGCACCAAAGGGUCAUAUUGUAGAAAUCACAUUGCACGAAACGACUAAUUACCAUGAAGGGUAUCCCUUUAAUUGGGGUACGAAUUUUGGAUAUAUAUAUGACGGAGACACUACCGAAGCAAGUGUUAUUAGGAGUCUUUUUCCCAGUACGGAAGAAACUGUACUCAGAAGCUCUGGUCAAAACUUACUCAUUACAAGUGGACAAGUAUGGAAUUCAUAUCCCUUAAGACAACGUGUUUCAUAUACGACAGGUUUCAAAUAUUUAGAAAUUGAAGCUGGUUGGAAUGUUGGCCAUUUAACAAUUCCUGUUUCUUCAUUACCUGUGGGUGAAGAUUGUUUGUCUCUGACACACAGUACACCACAAUAUGGUUCCCUGAAGGUGGGCCUCAAUGAAGAAUUAAUUGCUCCACAGGUUACCUUCAAGCACCCUGAUGGGAAGUGGCAAAGAGACAUUUUCCGGAUUCCGUAUGGCCAAGGAAAUCAUGAAGUAAAAUUCCAGUUCCACGGAGAAGGUACUAAGGUUUACAACCUUGGAAGGUGCCUUAACCUUGAACGCCUUGCAGCUGGUGCCCAAGGGCCUCGAGGGCCAGUGGAAAGCUGCCGCAACGGUGGUGAGUGGAGCGUUGCAACCAGCUCAUGCACCUGCCCACAAGGAUUUACUGGCGUCUACUGUGAGGAAGGUUGCGGACCAAACAGAUAUGGAGACAAUUGUUCAAAACGCUGCUCAUUUCUGAGAAGUGCAUGUGAAGGGAUGAUAUUUUGCACUAAAGAAUUGUGUUCAUGUGCACCGGGCUUGCAAGGAGCGAAGUGUGACACACCAUGUGAUUUGGGAAUGUAUGGAGCAUCUUGCCGGCAGAAGUGUGGGAAAUGCAAAUAUGGUGAAACCUGUGAUCGGUACACUGGAAUGUGUCGCUCUGGAUGCUCCGCUGGAUUCUAUCCACCGUAUUGUAAACAGACCUAUAAAGUAUUAAAGUAUGUGCCACAUAUUGUGGAAGUGACUUACAAUUCAUUGAAGAUAAGAAUAUCAUUGAGAGACGUACAUGGAGAAGGGGAGCCCGUCUUAUAUCAGGUGCAAUACAAGGAAGAGGAACAAAAUGUUUGGUCAAAGUUAUCUCCAAGAUUAAUUCCUAAUGAAACAGAACUUGGAAUCGUGACCGAAUUUGAAAUCAUGGGGUUAUUCCCUGGGAAAGUUUAUGAAACCAGAGUUAUUCUCAUUGAUAAGGAUGGUGGUAGUUACCAAGAUGAUGUGCCAAAAAAUAAAGCAAGAACUAAGUGCACAGAUCCCGUACGAGGUGACUACAAAUUUUCUGCAAGAGAUGUAGAUCAAACUAGUGUUCUCUUGGAAUGGUCUUAUGAACAUGAGAAGACAUCAUUGCUAUGUGAAAUAGUGGAAUUUGAGCUAUCUGUUCUCUCUGGAAGUGAGCAUCUUAAAUAUCUCAUAACUGAGAAAAAUGGCAGCAAGAGACUAUCAAAUAUUAUGCCCGACACGAGCUACCGCGUCCAGCUGGUUGGGAAAACUGUGACUGGCAAGAAGACUCUGCCUGUGGAGAUUACACUUCACGCCCUGCCAGAUGCCCCAGGAAGUGUGAGAGCUGUGAAUGUAGUGCCUUUGGUGUCUGGCAGACUGCUGAAUGUUACAUGGCAGCCUCCGCUGAAUUCACAAGACGAGUCACUACGAUACAAAGUCACAUAUCAGUGUGUUUAUCUACUGGCAUGUGAAGACAUUGACUGCGCCACAUCAUCUGGAGUUGUUGAAGUGUCAACAACUUCAGCUGUACUUGAUCACCUGCAGCCACAUGCUCUUUACCAAAUAGAAAUAACUUCAUUGUCCCCUGCUGGUCUCACAUCGUGGAGUUAUGCGAUCAAUGCUUCAACAGCACAUGCAGCACCGCGUGUGAAACCAUCUGCUGCAGAAAACCCGAUACUUGACGUAACGAAUACAAGCGUUUCGAUAAGUUGGAAGUCCCCUGAAGACUGCUCUGCUCUUAAUGGCUAUAUUUACGGCUACUCUUAUUCGCUCGUCGAGAAUAGCACGGAAGACGUUAUGAGACAGGGGACAGUUCCCGAAAACAUCCAGAGUGUCAACUUCUCAGGCCUCACGCCCAGCCACUGCUACGAGACCUACGUUAGCGUUGUGACCUCGGGCGGAACUGGUCUCUCAGAUCUGCUGAUAAUUCCAUUCUGUACCACCAGCACAGCUCCUGAUGCAGUGCAAUCCCUCAAUGUCUACAAGAGAGGUCGCAGAAUGGUUGGCUUGAGAUGGUCACCACCAGUCAACACGUAUGGGGAUAUUGAAUCGUUUAUUAUCACAUAUUCUAAAGAAGGCAGCGGCCAUAAAAAGAAACUUAUAACAGAACCAACAUAUUGUGGUGCUUGGAUUGAUCUUUACUGUUAUACUGUUUCUGGUCUAUCACCAGGAAAGAAAUACCACUUUGAGGUCCAGGCACGUAAUAAAGAAGUGAGCAUCGAUGGAGAACCUACUGCAGUGGAAGCUGUCACUUUAGAAGGGGCUUCCAGCCCACCAGUAAAUCUGAGAAUAAUCAACGCAACAGAGAACAGCAUGUUGGUGGAGUGGGGCAUGCCUGAUAACAUCAAUGGACAGCUGAGAUCUUUUAUAAUAAUUGUUGAACAGAUUGACACACAAGUUAAUUCUAAUGAGUGUUGUGAUGAUAUCCCAUUGCAAGAUUAUCGUGUGUCUUCAGAGGAACCUUCCUACCAAUAUGAGGUUACAGGUUUGUCAGCUGCCAGGACAUACUCCGUGGCCGUUUCUGCGAAGACAGUGACUCUGGGUGAAGAAUCGCGGAUAAUAGGCCACACUUAUCCUCCAAAAGCGAUUUUGCCACAGGACGCACUCACAGUAGUGAAAACAGAAAGUGGUAGCUACAGCCCCGAUGUAGUUACCUUGCAGAUUCAUGCUGCUGACAGGAUUAGUGGUGUCAACAGGACAUACAUCCUCCUUUACCUGACCAGGGACUCAAGUACGCAACAGCCAUUUGAAGACAACGAGUUAGCUACUUUAUUGCAGUCAAGAUUUAUUGAAAAUUAUCAUCUCAUAUCAGAGUAUACACAGGAAGAAGUAGAGAAUCAAUCUGUGGUCACAUUCCAUUUAAAAGAAAUGGGAUUUGUGUCAACAGAAAUUCAAUUCCAGAAAUAUGCCCUUAUAUUGAUUCAAGAAUACAUGGGAAACCGAAGUAUGGACAUUUUUAUAACAGAGGAAACGGAAGUUUAAAUGGAAGAGAGAAGAAUUUAGCAUCAGUGUUAUAAGUCAAAAACAUAUUCUUGUAAUAUGGAUGAAACUAUAACAUUUAUAUGUAUCUGUAAUUUGUGGAUUAAAAUAGUUGUUAAACAAUCA